UACCAUAGUGGUGUUUAUAAUAUUCGUAGAAGAAUUUAACGUCAAUCAUAACUACUGUUGUGAAUAUUUUAUUUAAGCUGUUGGAGCUGCAGUGUUUUUAUAACACGUUCAACAUAUAAACAUUGUUAAAUAUUGUGAAGACUAAUGACAGAGGGAAAAAAGUACAGUGAAGAUACGGUGGCGGUAUGGAAACUUCCUCUCGCGGAUGGUGUGCAUGAAAUAGAAUUUGAACACGGGACAGCGACUGGCAGAAGAGUUGUUAGAUUGGACGGGAACAUAGUGAGACAAAAAGAGUGGAUGUUUCGAUUAGUUGGCGAUGAAGUUUUUGACAUAGAAAAUGUGCAAUGCACCAUUAAAGUCGAACCAGAUGGUUUGUUUAUGUAUACGUAUGAUUUAUUAGUCGACGGAAAGAGCUUAGAAGACUUUCGUGCACAUUUUUCAAAAACUCAUUCAACCUGGUUGUUCACUACAUCUAACGGUGUCGAAAAUCGCAUUAUUCUCGAUAAAGCAACAAUGGAUAUUUUUGUUAAUGGAUUUCAAAUUUCAGAUGCAAUGUCAGAAUUCAUAGAAAAUGGAACAGAAACACAUUUUGUGAUCGGCAAUGAAAUUUUAGCAACAAUUCGAACUGAACAUAGUGGUGAUAAAAAAACCGGAGUCGUACAUAAUUUAUUCAUCAAUGGAAGUUUAGUUCCAGAGUUAUAAUAUAUUAAGAAUUAUUAUUGUAAGACAAAAAUAAAUGUUAUUGUUUAAACAUUAUACAACAUUUAUAG